CCGAUUCUCUUCCUUGUUUCAGUUUGAUCCGACUACUCAAAGCUUUUUCUGUUCAUGGUUUCCUCCAUCAUCGCAGUUGCACAAGGCAAAAAGAUGGAGCUAGAACCCAAGAAAUCACUAUCUGCUGACAUGCCAUCUUUGCUGAGUAGAUCAUCUGAAGCUUUUAAUGGAGGGAGUGGAUAUCCUUCUGCAAGUGAUCUCAGCAUGUUCUCAAGCUCAUUGCCCACACUUUUUCAUGAAAAGCUGAAUAUGACUGAUUCAGAUAGUUGGCUCUCCUUUGAUGAUAGUUCACCCAAUUUGAAUAAACUUGGCAUAGGAAACUCAGAGAAGGAUUCUUUGGAAGAUGUUGAGCCCGAUUCUUUAGAAAUCUUGCUGCCUGAGGAUGAAAAUGAGCUCCUUCCUGGUCUCAUUGAUGAGCUUAAUUUUACCGGGUUGCCUGAUGAAGAUCUUGAAGAGUGUGAUGUCUUUUGCACAGGAGGGGGUAUGGAGUUGGAUGUUGAAUCCCAAGAUAAUCAUGCUGUUGAUACGUCAGGGAUGCAGAUUUCUGAUCGCGGUGCUGCAAAUGCAUUUGUUCCUCGUAAACGUCCCAAUACGGCUGGUAGAGUUUCAGUGGAACAUCCGAACGGUGAACAUCCUUCAAGGACAUUAUUUGUGAGGAAUAUCAACAGCAGUGUUGAGGAUUCUGAGUUAAGCGCCCUUUUUGAGCCCUUUGGGGAGAUCAGAAGUUUGUAUACUGCAUGCAAAAGCAGGGGUUUUGUAAUGAUAUCCUACUACGAUAUUCGAGCUGCUCAUGCCGCAAUGCGUGCACUACAGAAUACACUCUUAAGAAAAAGGACACUAGACAUUCACUUUUCCAUUCCUAAAGAAAAUCCAUCAGAGAAGGAUAUGAAUCAAGGAACUCUAGUGAUUUUUAAUGUGGACACAACAGUAUCGAACGACGAGCUCCUUCAGCUGUUCGGUGCCUAUGGUGAAAUAAGAGAGAUUAGAGAAACCCCGAACAGGCGAUUCCACAGGUUCAUUGAGUACUAUGAUGUUAGAGAUGCAGAGACAGCCUUGAAAGCACUGAAUAGAAGCGAGAUAGGUGGAAAAUGUAUAAAGCUCGAACUUAGUCGUCCUGGAGGGGCUCGUCGACUGUCGGUCCCGUCACAAAGUCAAGAUUUGGACAGAAACGAAGUUACAAAUUUCUACAAUCAAGUAGGUUCACAUGUUGCUAAUUCUCCACCAGGUAACUGGCCAAUUGGCAGCCCAGUGAAGGGCUCUCCUUCGCAUGCCUUUACGAGGCCACAUGGUCUAGGAAUGGUCAGGCCAGUUAACUCAGAUAAUAUGCCGGGACUUGCUUCAAUUCUUCCUGCUCAUCCCUCUAGCUUUCAUGGAUUUUCACCAGUCAGUAAUGACCAAGGGCUAUUGAAUCAUCCAAACCAAACUAUUCUGAAUAAGGGAUUGAUGCACAACAUUUCCUAUGGGCAACCUCAUUCUUUGCCAGAGCAUAUAACAGGGGGAAUUUCCAACUCCAUGAGAUUUAUAGCUCCACACUCAGGAUUUGGGACUUCAUCUGAUCACCGCUAUCGCUGGGGAAGCCCUCCCCAGCAUAUGAAUUAUCCUGGUUACACUGGAGUGUCAUCGUCAUCGUCAUCUACUGAACGUCCUUUCACUGUCAGGCAAGGUUUUCCAUUUUCUGAGAGGCAAGCUUCAUUGCUUGGAAAAUACCAGCAUCAUGUGGGCUCUGCUCCCUCAAGCAUUCAUGUUAAUACCCAAAUGAAUUGCUACCCGGGAUCACCAGAGAUACCCCUUGGAUUUGGUGAUAUGGGAAUCAACAGAAACUAUAUCAAUGCUCAUGGAAAAGCAAACCUUGGUGUUAGUCUACCGGGAAACCGAAGUGAACAGGAUUUCACUGGCUUUGGAAUGUCUUCACUGCCUACAGUUCCUUUCGGUGGGAGUAGAGGAUUACAAUCAGUAAGGCCUGAACCUUUUGCUGACCAGGGUAGGAUCCAUAACCACGAGACUCACAGCCAGAAUCAGUUCAUAGAUGGUGGGAGAUAUCAUAUCGACUUGGAUAGGAUUGCUAGUGGAGAUGAAAUCCGGACUACAUUAAUCAUUAAUAACAUCCCAAACAAGUACACUUACAAGAUGCUGGUGGCUGAAAUUGACGAAAAGCACAAGGGAGACUAUGACUUUCUAUGCUUGCCGACAGACUUUAAGAAUAAGUGCAACAUGGGUCACGCUUUUAUCAACAUGGUCUCUCCAUUGCACAUCGUUCCCUUCCAACAGACUUUCAGUGGUAAAAUAUGGGAGAAAUUCAACAGUGGGAAAGUUGCUUCAUUGGCAUAUGCAGAGAUCCAAGGAAAGUCUGCUCUUGCGUCAUACAUGCAGACUCCAAGUUCUAUGAAGGAAGAAAAGCAAUUGUUUCCGGAAGUCUCCUACCAUGAUGAGGGUCAAGGCGCCAAUGAUCCCGAGCAACUAUUUUCAAGCAUUUGGAACAUAACCGCGCCUGAUUCAGAUUGGUCUUACACAACGGAUCUUAUCGAGGGAGAACAACAUCUAUCCAUGGUUUCAAUGGCGGAUCAGACUUUUCUACAACCUUUCCUAGGCAAACCCACCACCAAAGGCUUAGCAUCGGAAUCGGAUUCAGGUAUUAUUCUGCGGCUUUUCUCUCUACUUCUCGUCGGAGCAAUCUCUUUGUGGGCAAACCAUGAGGCUUCAAAAGGUUUCUCCAUAAGUAUCAUCAACGAUGCUAAAGAUUCUCCUUCUGGAAAACGAUUCGCCCUUUUCUUUGAAUCUGAUGAUACUGCAGUGCGGAUUUUGCUCGAUACUAGCUUCUUUGUGGAGAGGUUUCUCUACGAGGGUGUUCCUCAUCGUCUCCGGAAGCCUGUAAACCAUGUUACCGUCCGAUUCUGUGGAAACAGCAGUGAUAGAGUAGAUAGGUUCUCGGUAACUUCAGGUGCAAGUCAUGGAGAGUAUGUGAUCAGAUUAAGCUCAUCUUUAAUGGAAAGAAGUAAGUUUAGCAACGCCGUGGAAUCUGCAUUGCGACGUUCUAUGGUUAGGAUAUGGCUAUGGGGAGACGAGUCAGGAGCUUCGCCGGAGCUUGUAGCCGGCAUGGUGGAGUAUCUGGUUGUGGAGAGCCGAAAACAACGUAGUUUUGAUGAGUUAGGUGGACAUUGGAAGGAUAAGGAGUCUUCUAAGUCUGUGUCUGUGGUUAGCUUCUUGGAUUACUGUGAACGACGUAGGGAAGGGUUCAUCCGACGGUUGAACCAUGGGAUGAGACUUAGGUGGGAUGAUCGGACGGUGGAUCUUGCUUCGAGUGGUGCGUGUGGUUCACGCAAGGGUGUGUUGCGUGAGCUUAAGAUGGACGACAGUGGAUUGAUAAUUGAGAGAUGAACAUGAUUGGUUCUCAUGCUGUCUUAUUGUAGCACACAUGGCUCCAUGUCAUAAUUCAAUGUGUAUAAUUCAACUUCUUUAUUUAUCCUCAGAAAAUUAUUUGUUUUUCCCUCUCGAGUAAAUAAAAGAAAUUUAGUCUA